AUGGAUAAAUACUUGAUCAAGUUAAACAAUGGCCAACCAAGUUCUAGUUCAUGUCAACCAUCUGCUAAUUCACAAAUAGUUCCAAAAGUUCAAAGAGAAGCAAUUCCUUCCCCUCCUUCAAAUGUUAAUAGUGUUCUUAGAGUAGGAUCUCUUGAAACCGAUCCUAAAGAAAGAAUACCCAUUUCUCAGUAUAGUCCUAACAUUCGAGAUGAAGUGAGAAGAUAUUUUAUUCAAAGAAGGCCUUGUCAACCGAUUGAUCAUGACUUCCCUAAAACUAAGUUUGGGAACAAAAUGCGUCAAUUCAAUCCCGAUUGGUUUAAAGGUUCAUAUUCUCAAUGGUUGGAGUAUAGCAUAAAAGCAGAUGCUACAUUUUGUUUGUGUUGUUAUUUAUUCAAGAAGGAACUUGAAAGUCGUGGAUAUGCCGGGGAUGCUUUUACAAAAGAUGGCUUUAGGGGUUGGAUUAAGGGUUCAGAAAGAUAUAAAGCACAUGUCGUGAGGUUUCUCUUAAGAAAUGGAUUUCCAUUUCGUGGUCAUAAUGAGAGUGAAGAUUCCGAAUGCAAAGGUGUUUUUCUUGAACUUUUGGAAUUUCAUGGAGAUAAGCAUCCGGAUGUGGAAAAAGUGAUAUUACAUCAUGCUCCAAAAAAUGAUAUAAUUAUUUGUCCAACCAUUCAAAAGGAGAUUGUGGAUGCGUGUGCUAAAGAAACCACUAAAACUAUUAUCAAAGAUUUAGAUAGUGAUUAUUUUGGGAUAUUGGUUGAUGAAUCAAAUGACAUCUCACAUAAGGAUCAAAUGGCCCUAGUUCUACGAUAUGUUAACAAAAAUGGGGAGCCGGCGUUGAUUUUACCUGUUACUACAGCAAGCGUAGAAAGAACAUUCUCCUCAAUGAAGCUCAUAAAGAAUGAUCUACGUAAUAGCAUUGGUGAUGAAUUUUUGAAUGGUUGUUUAGUUUACAAUAUAGAGCGUAAGGUAUUUGGAACUGUAAGUAAUGAUUCUAUUAUGGAUCGCUUUCGAAAUAUGAAAGCUCGUCGAGUACAAAUGUAA